GCUUCUUUAUCCGCGAUCGUCUAGUACGCUCUGCUCCUAUUAAACCCUCCCAAGCCACGGGGAUGUCCGGGGCUCCUCCGGUGUGUUUGAUGCAUUCAGAGGAGCACAAAGGGAAAGAAGAAAGAGGGAGAUGAUGAUUUUUAAAUGUCUGGCAGAAAGGUAAACUGCGCGGAUGGUGGUUGUAGCAUGCAAUUAUAAUAAAUGGACACCAGAUGGCGCUCGCCUCCAGUAUAAAUCAUAACGGAACGAACACAGCUCAUAGAAGCAGGUGUUGUUCCUAAUAUUGGUCUUCUGUAUCCUGGAUAAAGGAGUAUCCCUCGAAAUGUGAUGCCGCCAAAGUCCUACCUACAUUGGACACCGGAUACCCUAAUGAUGGAGAUGGAUCAGGGUCACCUGACUGAGAGGAUAUUGGACCUCACCCUGGAGAUCAUCUACCUGCUGACCGGAGAGAAAUAUGCUGCAGUGAAGAUAACAUGUAUUGAAAGUCUUGUACAAGGGAUGUAUCCAGCGAUGUCAGAACGAUGGGGUGGAAGCCAGAACUCCAUUGCUUUACCUCCACCUCACUCCCCAAUUCUUGAGAGAAACAACAUGCAGAAGAUUCAAGAAAUCACCAACAAAAUCAUUGAUCUGCUGACAGGAGAGCUUCAUCAUCUGGAGGAUCCGACUCCCUUAUUUCUCCAUCACCGAACUGUAUAAAUGAAGAUAACCACAUUCAUAUCAAUCCCUUCCCUGCCAAAUGCUCCCCAUCAGAGGAGACAUCGUGCAAGGAGGAAGAACAUGUUCUAUACUCUGAUAUAUCUACCCUGACAGACAUUGUACAAGACAUGUCAAUUCCUAUCCUAGAGGAGCACCUCUUGUGUGAGGAACACCUCCCCAUCCCUGAUAUCUCCACCCCCACGUGUCCUACACCUUCUUCAUCUAAGAAGCAAGCCCUCCCAGCUGAAGAACAUCACCCCAGCUCCGACAUCUUCACACCUGUCCAUCAUAGGCAGUCACCAACUUCGCCCAUUAAGGAGGGGUCACUCCAAACUGAAGAACCUCCUUCACACUCCAAUAUCGCUUUACCAGCAGACCACAUACAAUACAUAUCCAUUCAGAUUAUGGAGGAACAACUACCGUCCGGUGAAAUGGACCAUCUUCAGCACAUCUCCACAGCCACCCAUUAUAAACACUCUGCAUCUACUGAUCUUAAAGAGGAUUCCCUCUCGGCUGAAGAACAUGUUCCGCACCCCGACAUGUCUUUAAUCACUGAUCUUACUCAAUCUACACCCUCUCAUGAAGGGUUCCUUUCAUCAGAACAUGUUCCACACUCGGAUAUCUCCACACCGGCAGAAGAAAUACAAUAUAUAUCUAUUCAGAUUAUCGAGGAACCUCUUUCCUGUGAAGUAGAACACUUCCCACACUCUGAGAUCUCCACGCUAACACAAUCUACCCCUACUGUAGAAGAUCUUCCACACAUCUUAACGGCUACUCAUCAUGUGCCAUGUGCAACCACUGAUGUUAAGGAGGAAGUCCCUUCAGCUGUAGAACAUCGUCCACACAUCUUAACGGCUACUCAUUGUGUGCCAUCUACAACCACUGAUGUUAAGGAGGAAGUCCCUUCAGCUGUAGAACAUCGUCCACACAUCUUAACGGCUACUCAUCGUGUGCCAUCUACAACCACUGAUGUUAAGGAGGAAGUCCCUUCAGCUGUAGAACAUCUCCCCCAUCCAAGAAUUUCUACAUCCACAUAUUGUACACACUCAAAACCUCCUCAAAGCCUCUCAGCUCUGGAACAUUUUCCCCACCAGGACAGUUUAACACCAACAUAUCAUAUGCAUUCCACACCUCGUCAUGUUAAGGAGGAACACCUUUCAGCUGAGGAACAUCUCAACACACAUGCGUGUCCUACCCAUUCUCCGUGUACUCAGGUUAAAGAGGAACGCUUCUCAUGUGAAGGGAACCCAGCCCUUAAGCUGUGAUAUCAAACCAACAGGAUCUAUCCAAAAUACAUCUACCCCUAUUAAAGAAGACUCAAACACAUGCAAAAAAGGAAGUCUUACGAACACAACAGAACCUUCCUGCACCGAAUCUGGCCGACGUUCUCCUCCUAGGUUGAGUCACCCCCCACCCAUAAUGCACACAAAACAAAGACCUUUUGUUUGCGGCAAAUGUGGACGAUGCUAUUCUAUCAUCUCGAACCUGGAGUUGCACAUGAGAACGCACACUGGAGACAAGCUGUGCAAGUGCUGGGAGUGUGGAGAGACUUUCGGAGAGGCUUCGCUGCUUGCUGUCCACCACCAACGACACGCCGCGGAGAAGGAGCACGCCAACGCCAGAUCUGUGAGAGACCAUGCGGAGAAUGAGCCUUCCUCAAGCACUCACGGCAGGAACGACAUUCCCACAGAACAGACGUUCAUCUGCGGUAAAUGUGGCGGGCAGUUUUCCUCGAAGUCCAACCUGAAUUUACACGCCAAACUUCACGUCGCGGUGAAGCCCUUUUGCUGCCCCAAAUGCGGCAAAGGUUUCACCAGGAAGUAUGCUCUUAACAAGCACUGGAAGUAC